UUACAACUCACCUGCAACUAAUCUUUCCCUCUCUCUCCCUCUCUAUCUCACUCAUGGCCGGGAAGAAGGAUGGAAAAAGCGGCAAAUCAAAAAUGGGUCGACAGAAGAUAGAGAUUAAGAAGAUAACGAACGAGGAGGCUCGUCAGGUCUGCUUUUCGAAACGACGGCACGGGCUCAUCAAAAAGGCUGGAGAGCUCUGCAUCCUCUGUGGGGCAGAGGUUGCCAUCAUCGUCUUUUCCCCUGCAGGCAAGGCUUUCUCUUACGGCGACCCCUCUGUCGACUCUGUCAUCAACCGCUUCCGCGAUCCUUCCUCCUUCGUUUCCGGCCCUCCCGACGCCCAUCGCGUCGCCAACGUUCAGGAGCUCAACAGCCAGCACGAAAAGCUCGUCCAACAGAUCGAGGUGGAGAAGAAGCGCCGCCUCGAGCUGCAGAAGCAGCAGCGGAGCGAGGCGCGCGGCCACACAGGCCGCCUCUGGGACGCCGACGUGGACAGCCUCUCGCCGGAGCAACUGGAGGAGUUCAAGGGCGCGCUCGAGGAGAUGAGGUCGGCUCUCGCCAAGCGCACCGACGAACUCAUGAUGGGAAUGGCGAUGAUGCACCUGCCCUCCACCGUUCACCACCACCAGUUUAUUCCGCCGUCGCUCGCUUCUCCUGCUUCCUAUGCUUCUAAUUCCUCCAUUGCUCCUCUGCCUUCCAACUGCUUCCUCAAUGGGUACAACACCAACUCCAUGAUAAUGCCCUUCGCUAACAACAGCAACGCCUUCAUGGGGCCUUCAAGCCUUCACGAAACCAUGCCAAACUCCGGCGACUAUUUCGUCAAUAACCAGUUUGCCGGCCGUCCCUUCUACCGGCUUUGAGGAGUUCCCUAUCUCAUAAGAGUCUCUAAUUAAAACUUUGG